AUGAAUUACCUGACGGCGUAUACGCCCCUCGAGUCGCUGUUCCUAUUUCAAUCGUUGCUGGCACAAGGGGUCGACACGGGAGCGUUCGUGCACAUCUCGGAUGUGCUGAAAAACAAUGCUCUCGUACAAGGCGGAGAGACCUACGAUCCAGCCCGACUGACCCCGGAAGCACUGCAGCGGUUGUUCUUGCUGCUUCUGCGUGACGAGGUCAAGGAGGAGGUCAAGGAUGAGGAGGAGAGGCCGGAGGGCACCAGCGGCGGCGGUCGUGGCAGUCUGGAUGGGGUCGGUUCACCUGGCUCGCGCAAGAGAAAGCUGACGAGCCCGCCUCUUCCGUCGCUGCAGGAUGCGUACGAGCGAAUCGAAAAUGUGCCAGUGCUGGUCAAUCGACUCUACGUCCGAUAUCGAGAGUACAUGGUCAAGCUGAUUCAAGAAGACGAGCGAAAAUUCGCCAACGUGCAGCGAGACAUUCAGCUCCUGGAGAAGUCAGAAAAGGAGCGGCUUGCUAAGGCGGCAGUGAGCCAAACCGGUCCACCAGCACUCGCUCCUCGAGAACCAAAGUCUGGGGUCAGCCUUCCACUUAGUUCAACCAGGACCCCUGACCCGACAGCGAACGUCCAACGCGGGCCGAAGCCGAAUGCGUUCGCGUACCCUCCACAGCCUGCAACGGGGGCUGCGCCCCCGACUCGCUCAAAUGCUCCGGGAACGCCGCCUGUACAGCUGUCAACUUCGAGCGGAUCUGCGAACGGACCUGCCUCGGUUCUACAGCCUCCUGUUGGCGUGUCCCAAGCUCCAACGCGUGUCUUGCAACCUGCUGGGCUGCCACCAAAGGCAGUUAUAAAAUCGCCAUCAGAGACUGUGAACAAGCAGCAAGAAGUGACUGGAAUGUCACAGCCCUCGACGACUGCUGCUGGUGGUCUGAAGUGGGAGAAGCCAUAUCAGCCUCCUCAAGCCGACCAGACUCUGCCGGUUGGGCAGCAUCAGCAGAUAGUCCAGCCAUCUGCGGCAGGUCAUCCGAAGCUACCGCAGAAUGUAUCGCAGAAUAUGCCGCAGAAUAUGCCGCAGAAUGCACCGCAGAAUGCACCGCAGAAGCAGCCUCAGAAUGCACCGCAGAAGCCGCCACAGAAGCCACUUCAGAAGUUACCGCCGGGACAGUCGCAACCCCAACAACGGCAACAGCAGCAGCAACAGGUACAGGCGCAGCUACAGAAACAACUAUUGCAACAGCAGCAAAGGCAAGCGCCGAAGGAUCAAACCACUGCACAGUCAGUAGGUUCUACACCCCAGCCAUCUCGAAAGUCCGUGUUGGUCCCUCCGCAGACAGCUGGACAGCUGGCAGCACCACUCCAGCCUGCUCCCCGACCGACACCGGGAGGCGCUGGAACGCCGCUGGCUCGACCAUCGACGACGGGUGUGGUUCCUCCCACGGGUCGACAGAUCCCAGCGCAGCAAGCGCAUACACCACGACCGAUCGCUGCCGCAUCUCCAACGCCACAGAAAGCUACAACAGUGCCAGCCGUUCCGCCUCAGCGAUGGCCGCUGGCUCCUGUGGCUGCUCAGCGCUCGUCUACAUCCUCCACACCCGCCCCUCUGGCUCCCCAGAAGGACACUCCGUACAACUCGCCGUACGCAACUCAGCCUCCGCGACCAGCCAUUCCCGAGCACAUUAUUCGGCAAGCCGCUGGGACGCCACUUAUUCGGCGACAUAGUCCCAUCGCGGCGCCCCAGACACCUGGAACGACCACACCCAUUGGCAUGACGAAGGGAUUUGGCACAAAAUGGGCGUCUCGGUCGACGCCGUCAACGCCAGGUCACGUCGUGACAGAGCCUGAGAGCCCCGCAUAUGAAGCCGUCAGCCCGCUUCCACGGGCAACCUCCAUCAUUUCAGAGACGCCGAAAUCUGGCGUUAGGAAGGACAUGCCCAGACCGGCGCCCCCCAGCGAAGUUCCAGUAUCUCGAGGCCGUGGUCGGCCCCCGCGUAGCGCGCAAGUAAGUGCAACGCCCUCCCGGAAGAGAAGCCAGUCGGCGGUGUCGCAGACGGACGAGUUGUCGAUGGACCCUUCCUCCCUUUCGACCAAGAUCAAGAAGGAGACGGCGACUCCACGGCCGCUCGAAGAGACGGGAGAUACGACAGCGGAUGAGAGCGUCCAUGGACGGCCGCACAUGUCGACUCCCGGCAGCGUAUCCUCCCGGCUCACCAAGAGGAAGCGACAGGAUCCGUCACCGGAACCAUCGGGUCGCGCUAGCAAAGUCUUGUGGACUCGUGGCUUCACGAAGGUGUCGUCGUCGGCUCUCGAUCAGAUUUCGAGCCACCGCGACGCCAACAUGUUUGCGACGGGCGUUCGCGAAAAGGACGCGCCCAACUACCGACAGAUUGUGCUGCAGCCGCAGGACAUCACCUCGAUCCGCGCUGCUAUAAAGCAGGGCAACAAGGCGGCGGUGCAGGCUGCCAACAGUCUCCCCGGAGGCGACCCUGGCACAGCGAGCGUCUUGCUCCCCUUCUCCGAGGACUUGGUGCCUCCCAGGGGCAUCGUUAACAGCGCACAGCUGGAGCGAGAGCUCGUGCACAUGUUCUGCAACGCCAUCAUGUACAAUCCUGACCCGGACCGCGGCCCGGGCCCCGCCUUCAUGAGGCGGUCCCAGGAGGAGGAGGAGGAGAUAGUGGGCUACCACCUCGACGAGAACGGCGUGGUGAAGAACACGCGAUGCAUCGGCGGCGGCGGCGGCGGCGGCGGCGGCGGCGGCGGCGGGGGCCAAGCGAGCGCGCCGAGCCCGGCCGACGACACGGCCGAGGACGAAGACGAGCUGGCCGGGGAUGGCAACACCCCGACGACCAUGGUGAAGAGGCGACGUGUCAGCACGAGGGUUUAG